AUGAAUGUCCCAAUAGAAUAUGUAAUUGCAGCACUGCUCCUGUUCUCAAUCGUUGUACUACUAUGCGUUAAGUGCAUUAAAGUAUUGAAUAAUAUGCUUUUAUACGGGAAGACAUAUUCGAAUAAAAGAAAAGUCGAUUUGAAAUUAUACAAGAGAAUAGAUGAUACAAUUGUAUCGCUAACAGUGCCCAAAGCUUACUUCACACAUUUUUACGUCAUCUUCUUUUUGCUUUGCUGUUUGUCGCAAUGGUUUUUAAGCCUGGUAUAUUUUGAUUCGAAGAGAUCCGUAUACAUGAAUUUUUCAGUCCAAGAGAUUCCAGGUGUAGAAGAAUUCAAGAAUUAUCAAGUGAUACUUUAUUUGCUAUCAGCACAAAGUAUAAGAAGACUCCUUGAGUGCCUCUUUAUUACUAACUUCUCUAAAACCUCAAGAAUGAAUAUUCUUCAUUAUGUUAUGGGUAUGUUAUUUUACUCUUUGGUUUCAUUGAAUUCAUUCAUGUCACUUUUGCCAUAUUAUCUAAGUGAUUCGGACAAAAAGAUACCAUUGAAAUUAAAUCUUGCAGAUUACUUGCUUCUCUUGAUGUUCUUAGUUGUUUCAAUCAAACAGAACGAGCAGCAUCGUUAUCUAGCAGGUUUGAAAAAGUACUCAUUACCUGAUUUCGCAUUACUUGCAUCACCACAUUAUCUAAAUGAGAUUCUCAUAUACUUCAUAGUCUUCUUAUUCAGUGCUCGCCUGAAGAGGUUCACCAUUAUUGAGUUAAAUUUUUUGCUAGCAUGGGUUUUUGUACUUACAAACUUGUUGAUCAGUUCGUUGGAAACCUUUAAAUAUUACAAGAAGACCUACGACAAAGAGUUUAAAGUCAAAUGGGCUGUAAUUCCGGGGCUUUUAUGA